AUGUCCUCCACCGAAGCCCCCCAAAAGGUAGAAUGGCUCGUCGUCAUCCCCGACUUCCCCGAUGCUCAUGAGAAGCGUCUCGAGGUCCGGCCUCAACACUUCGGCGGCCUCAAACCAGCUGUCGAUUCCGGCCUCUACAAAAUGGGCGGUGCCGUCCUCAACGAGCCCCCCCAGGGUUCCGACCCGACCAAGUUCUCUUUCGCAGGCAGCACCAUCGUCAUCAGCGCCGCCUCCCGGGAGGAGAUCAAGGAGGUGUUGAGAAAUGACAUCUACGCCAAGGAGGGAGUCUGGGAUGCCCAAAUGUGGCCCUUCCUCUGCGCAUUCCGGUUCCCAGUCCCUGGACAGGACGAAAAGUUCCCUGACCCUAAUACCAAGCAGUAG